AUGCCCUCCUUGUCAACCCCACCAUCCGCAUCAACGCUGCUCUCUCGCAUCGGGCGAAGCAUUACACAUAAAAACGGCCUCUUCCCGCCAAUCGCUCUCUCGACUCCUUCUCGCUCCGCAGCCCGACGUUAUCAUACGCAGCAGCCGCCUCGCAGCAGCUUAUACUCGCCCUUUGCUGCUCGCCACAGAACGCUGGCGACUAGAAAGGCCGAAGUCACUUCUAUACCCCGCCUCGGAGCCAUCUCGAGGCAGCUAUUCUCUUCCCCAUCGACGUCAUCACAGGGUAAAAUGGCCCCAAUUGAUAUGGAGGGCGUGGAGAAGUAUGACUACAUUGUGAUUGGAGGUGGUAGUGGCGGCAGUGGUGGUGCCAGGCGAGCUGCCGGAUGGUACAAGGCGAAGACUCUGAUCGUUGAAAAUGGCCGAUCCGGAGGCACCUGUGUCAAUGUUGGAUGUGUACCCAAAAAGAUGACAUGGAACUUUGGGUCCAUCAACGAACACCUCGAACACGCUAAGCACUACGGCUAUGACGUUCCCAAGGACAUUAAAUUCGACUACGGCUACUUCAAAGGCACCCGUGAUUCGACCAUCGAGCGUCUUAAUGGCAUUUACGAGCGCAAUUGGAACCGCGAGGGCAUUGAUCUUGUCAAGGGAACCGCAAAAUUCCUCGAACAAAAGGUGGUAGAGAUUGACCUAAUGGACGGCUCUGGGAAGAAAACCGUCACUGCUCCUCAUAUCCUCAUCGCUACGGGCGGAUACCCAAUUGUUCCUGACAUCCCCGGCGCCGAACACGGAAUUACCAGUGAUGGGUUUUUUGAGAUUGAGGACCUACCACCCAAACUUGCUGUGGUUGGAGCUGGCUAUAUCGCUGUUGAAUUGGCUGGCGUCAUGCAUGCUGUCGGCGUGGAGACACACCUGUUCAUCCGUGGAGAGACCUUUUUGAGGAAAUUUGACCCCAUGAUUCAGGAAACAAUGACCAAACGCUACGAGGCAACUGGCAUGCACCUGCACAAGGGCUACACUGGAAUGAAGAAGGUGGAGCUAUUAAGCCCAGGAAAGGGUGCCGAGAAGCGUCUCAAACUGACAUUCGAUGACGGAUCAGAGAUGGAAGUCAACGAGCUGCUAUGGGCCAUUGGCCGAGCUCCCGCAGUCACGAAUUUGGGUCUCAAGGAAAUCGGCGUUAAACAGAACGACAAGGGACAUAUUGUUGUUGAUGAGUUCCAGAACACUUCUGUGGACGGUAUCUAUGCUCUAGGUGAUGUUACCGGUCAGGCAGAGUUGACUCCAGUCGCCAUCGCCGCUAGUCGACAGCUUGGAAACCGUCUCUUCGGACCUCCGGAGCUCAAAUCAUCGAAGCUCUCCUACGAAAACAUCCCCACCGUCGUCUUCUCUCACCCAGAAGUCGGCACAUCCGGCCUUACUGAACCCGAAGCCGUUGAAAAGUACGGCAAAGAAAACCUCAAGAUCUACCACACGAAAUUCACAGAUAUGUUUUUCAGCGUCUUCCCUGCUGAGGAGAAGGAGAAGAACCCCACGGAGAUGAAGCUCAUUUGCGCUGGGCCAGAGGAGAAGGUUGUUGGCUUGCAUAUUCUGGGUCUCGGCGUGGGCGAGAUGUUGCAAGGAUUCGGCGUUGCGAUGAAGAUGGGUGCCACAAAGAAGGAUUUCGAUUCCUGUGUCGCCAUUCAUCCUACCAGCGCAGAAGAAUUAGUUACUCUGCGGUAA